GAUCUCGGGUACCGUGACAGCAGAGGUGGGAGACUGCGGCAAUCAUGAAGUGCGGUGAUCUUUGUUAUUUCGGCAUUGCAUUCGUCCUUUUAGCCUUCGUGCACUGCUGCGACGCGCAGUACGAGGAUGUGCGCUGCAAGUGCAUCUGCCCCAGCACUGCAGUGGUCAAGGGCUCCCAGACCAACCGCAAGCUCUACAUCAUGAAUGUGCCUCCUCAGAGAUGCAACUGUGAAGGGGUGAUCCUGCCCCAGGCCAACGACAUCAAGGGCCGGGAGAGUGAGUUCUGUCCGCGCUGCAAGUGCCGCUAUGAGCGCCGCAACACCACCACCAUCCGGGUGCUGGUCAUCCUCAUCAUCUGGGUCAUCUCCCUGCUCUCGGUCUACAUGCUGUUCCUCAUGUGCCUCGACCCGCUGCUCAACCGGCGCAAGGCAGCCUCCGCCUACCAGGAGCACGUGGAUGAGGAGCUCAACUUGGAGGAGCCCCUCCCAGUCCACCAGCAGCGCACUCGUCGCUCGAGCAGCAGCGUGCUCAACAAGGUGGGCCAGCAGCAGGACAAGUGGAAGCGGCAGGUCCAGGAACAGCGCAGGAACAUCUACGACAAGCACACCAUGCUCAACUGAGCUCUCUCUGCGUGUGCAGAGGAGGCUUCUUUACUUUUUGUGGCCCAGCUUGACGAUGCCUAAAUUGCACUGACGUUAGUCCGGUGAAUGAGGGAGUCUCGUUAGGUCGGCCUGACACGAGUCUAGUUUGAGCAGGGGCACUAAAGAGUAAGCCACUUUACGGUAAUAUAAAAUAUGGUUCUAGGUCUACAUUAUUUGAAAAUGCAAAAUUUAUGAGGAAAAGACAACUAUGGAUUCCAUACUUGGGAAAACUUUGGAUUGCAUGCUGGAACCACAACCCAAGUAGCCCGUGAAACAACACCAAUUUCAAUUUAAAUUUUGAAUUUCACUUUAUUUUAAACAUACUACAUAGACAAUGUGAAUGUGUCCACGAGGUAAGGCAAAAGGAAACAUAUUGCUUCCCAUUGGGGCUGUCCUGGUGCAGUCAAAGUUGUCAGAACUCGUCUAGUUAGGCGUAAGCUGCUUUGAACCUCAUGUAGUCUGUUUUGCUACAUCCAUUACAUGAUAAUAGUGGAGUUUUCUUUGUCAUAAGAGCGAUAAUAAUGAGUACAGUUAAUUUUCUCCCUAUAGCAUCCCUUUAACAGGAAACAAGCAAAUGAAUGGGUGUGCACUGUGAAUAUGAAUGUGCACAUUUAUUUUGGCUCGCCUCCGGGUUACAGCAGACAGCUAACAGGGGCGGUGAUUUUCCUCUUGUGUACAAAAAUGCCUGGGUUGUUUCAUAGAUUGUACUAAUAUUGACAGCUUUAUCAUUUCUAUCUCCGGCUGCACUUUCGGCUCUUGUGUUAGAGCAAAUGUGUAAACCUUCCAUUUUCUAGUCUGUUUUUUCCUUAUCUAUUAAAUAAAGUUUCAUCACAAGCCAGGAGAUGCCACAGGAAGUUACCAUCAGCAUGUACAGAGAGUGAAACAUGGCAAGUUAAGGUUACACAAUGCACAUACUGUCUUCAGUUCGUGUUAUAUAUAGGCGUAACUUUGAGCAUCAGUGCCAUUAUUGGCGAGAUUCGUAGUGACAUAAUGCGGUGAUAUUGAGUGGUUGCGCCUACUAGACAUGUUCCUGAAAGUUUCGAUGUUGCACUUCAAUCUGUGAGCACUGUGCACCUUUCUCAGGAAAGUGAUGUGCUUGCAAGCAAAUAUCUCCUUUGUGAAAACUUCCCGUCUAAACUGUGCUGAGCCCACUGCGCUAUUUCUGAUGUUCUCGCAAAUGAAACUGUUUGCAGUAAAUCGGAGCACCGGGUACACCGAACUUUCAGCUAACCUGCUUGGUCAUUCGCUCUCGGAUGCUGUACAGAUUUCCCAGUGCUUGCAGUCUAAUACAGUUUUUGAGUUAAUCCAGAAUGAAUCGGCAGUCAUGUGUGACAAUGCCAAAGGAGGAAAGUUCCUUGCAAUGGAGUUAUGGUAUCAUGUGUUGUUGUUUGGCAGAAAUAUUGUACACUUUGUGAUACAGUUUGUAGUGAGAUAGUACCACUGGUCCAUUCUGCCAACAUGGACUGUGUUCUCUGAUCUUGCUGCAUCAGAUCUACCAUUUGUUGUGUAUGAAACACACAGGUCUACUGCAUAGCAUAACAGCAAACUGGAAAUUUCAGCAAAUGCAUUGCUGGCUUGUCCAAAAACAUUAAAUUUCAGGCAGUGUGAAAGAUAUUCACAUUUUGGAAAUUUGCUGAAGCACUUUGUUUUUCUAUAUAUAUAUAUAUAUAUAUAUAUAUAUAUAUGCAGUAAAACCUCGGUGAUAUUUGUAUCACCGAAAUAUUUGUAUCAUACGAAAAUUGUACCAACAGAAAACAUGCCAAAAUAGUAGUAUGCAACGAAAGAAAGCUGGUGUAUGUUUUCAUGUUUUGUUUUUUGGGGCCGCAGCAACGCCACGAACAGCUCUGAAUGACUGCCAGUAAAGUUAUUAGACAUCAGC